AUGGAAGCGCUUCAAUUAGAGCUUGCCCGGCUGCAGAAAGACGCCUCGCUAUCACAGAGUAUUGAGGAUGUCGACAAAGUCUUGGAGCAGCUGUGCAAUGCACAGGAGGCAAUUGCAGCAGACUCGAACACUGCGUCUAUAACCCUUGCCAAGUUGCAGAAUCCAUUUAAACAGGGGCUGGAUAGAGUCACAGAUGACCUCAAGAAGAUAUACUCUGCGCACAAUAAAUAUGGAAAGGCGUUGGAUAAGAACCUAUCGCAGAAGUCUCUUCCAUCGGAAACACUGUCGACCGAUUAUGAUGCUCUUGCUUCACAUCCGACCCUUAUCAACCGGGCUAUUGCCAUGCAUCUCCUCCGCGAAGGCCAGUUCGCCGUUGCGUCUACAUUCAUCGAAGAGGCGCACGCGAGCCCACCGGAAGCAAAGCCUACCCCAGGAACGCCGAAUCCAUAUCAUGGCGAUGAAGAGGAGUUUACAUCUCUGAAGUCUCAGGAGCUGCAAGCGAAGUUCGCCAACAUGUACGCCAUACUUGGACAUCUCCGAAAAAGGAACCUGUUGCCAGCCAUUGAAUGGGCCAGGGAGCAUAGUUCCGAACUGGAGAAGCGAGGUAGCAACCUUGAAUUCGAGCUUACCAAGCUACAAUACGUUUGGCUCUUCCAAGGACCUCAAGUGAACGGCCUACCGAACGACUCACGGAAUGGCCUUCCCGGGGCUAUUACAUAUGCACGUGAAAGCUUUGGGCGGUUCCAGGCUCGCUUCCUCCGCGACAUUCAGCAGUUGUCUGCAGCCAUGGCAUUUGAGUCGAACUUGCAAGACUCGCCGUAUCGUCUCACCUUUGAAACAGACAGUGCUUGGAGCGAAGUUGCACAGUCGUUUACGCGUGAAUUCUGCUCCCUACUUGGGCUGUCUGCAGAUUCACCUCUCUACAUCUCUGUCACAGCUGGGGCCAUUGCACUCCCCACGUUACUCAAACUAGCGAAUAUCAUGAAGGAGAAGCGGACGGAGUGGACGACGCAACACGAGCUUCCCGUUGAAAUACCCCUGCCAAGGUCGAUGACUUACCACGCGAUAUUUGUCUGCCCAGUCAGCAAAGAACAGAGCACUGAGCAAAACCCUCCAAUGAUGAUGCCAUGCGGCCAUGUCGUCGCCAAAGAGAGUCUGCAGAGGCUGAGCAAGGGCCAGCGGUUCAAGUGCCCCUACUGCCCCAGCGAGAGCUUUCCAAGGGACGCAAAGGAGAUAUAUCUAUGA